AGUCAAGAUAACAUCACAUCUCAAGAACCAUUUAGUAAUGAUUCUAGUCAAGUCAACAACACAGAAUCUCAGGGAUCUAUAUUUAACUUUAGUCAAGAUAACAUCACAUCUCAAGAUCCAUUUAGUAAUGAUUCUAGUCAAGUCAACAACACAGAAUCUCAGGGAUCUAUAUUUAACUUUAGUCAAGAUAACAUCACAUCUCAAGAACCAUUUAGUAGUGAUUCUAGUCAAGUCAACAACACAGAUACUCAGGGAUCUAUAUUUAACUUUAGUCAAGACAACAUCACAUCUCAAGAACCAUUUAGUAAUGAUUCUAGUCAAGUCAACAACACAGAAUAUCAGGGAUCUAUAUUUAACUUUAGUCAAGAUAACAUCACAUCUCAAGAACCAUUUAGUAAUAAUUCUAAUCAAGUCAACAACACAGAAUCUCAGGGAUCUAUUUUUAACUUUAGUCAAGAUAACAUCACAUCUCAAGAUUCAUUUAGUAAUGAUUCUAGUCAAGUCAACAACACACACUCUCAGGGAUCUAUUUUUAACUUUAGUCAAGAUAACAUCACAUCUCAAGAACCAUUUAGUAAUAAUUCUAGUCAAGUCAACAACACACACUCUCAGGGAGCUAUAUUUAACUUUAGUCAAGAUAACAUCACAUCUCAAGAUUCAUUUAGUAAUGAUUCUAGUCAAGUCAACAACACAGAAUCUCAGGGAUCUAUAUUUAACUUUAGUCAAGAUAACAUCACAUCUCAAGAACCAUUUAGUAGUGAUUCUAGUCAAGUCAACAACACAGAAUCUCAGGGAUCUAUAUUUAACUUUAGUCAAGAUAACAUCACAUCUCAAGAUCCAUUUAGUAAUGAUUCUAGUCAAGUCAACAACACAGAAUCUCAGGGAUCUAUAUUUAACUUUAGUCAAGAUAACAUCACAUCUCAAGAACCAUUUAGUAAUGAUUCUAGUCAAGUCAACAACACAGAAUCUCAGGGAUCUAUAUUUAACUUUAGUCAAGAUAACAUCACAUCUCAAGAUCCAUUUAGUAAUGAUUCUAGUCAAGUCAACAACACAGAAUCUCAGGGAUCUAUAUUUAACUUUAGUCAAGAUAACAUCACAUCUCAAGAACCAUUUAGUAAUGAUUCUAGUCAAGUCAACAACACAGAAUCUCAGGGAUCUAUAUUUAACUUUAGUCAAGAUAACAUCACAUCUCAAGAUCCAUUUAGUAAUGAUUCUAGUCAAGUCAACAACACAGAAUCUCAGGGAUCUAUAUUUAACUUUAGUCAAGAUAACAUCACAUCUCAAGAACCAUUUAGUAGUGAUUCUAGUCAAGUCAACAACACAGAAUCUCAGGGAUCUAUAUUUAACUUUAGUCAAGAUAACAUCACAUCUCAAGAUCCAUUUAGUAAUGAUUCUAGUCAAGUCAACAACACAGAAUCUCAGGGAUCUAUAUUUAACUUUAGUCAAGAUAACAUCACAUCUCAAGAACCAUUUAGUAAUGAUUCUAGUCAAGUCAACAACACAGAAUAUCAGGGAUCUAUAUUUAACUUUAGUCAAGAUAACAUCACAUCUCAAGUACCAUUUAGUAAUAAUUCUAAUCAAGUCAACAACACAGAAUCUCAGGGAUCUAUUUUUAACUUUAGUCAAGAUAACAUCACAUCUCAAGAUCCAUUUAGUAAUGAUUCUAGUCAAGUCAACAACAUAGAAUCUCAGGGAUCUAUAUUUAACUUUAGUCAAGAUAACAUCACAUCUCAAAAUCCAUUUAGUAAUGAUUCUAGUCAAGUCAACAACACAGAAUCUCAGGGAUCUAUAUUAAACUUUAGUCAAGAUAACAUCACAUCUCAAGAACCAUUUAGUAAUAAUUCUAAUCAAGUCAACAACACAGAAUCUCAGGGAUCUAUUUUUAACUUUAGUCAAGAUAACAUCACAUCUCAAGAUCCAUUUAGUAAUGAUUCUAGUCAAGUCAACAACACACACUCUCAGGGAUCUAUAUUUAACUUUAGUCAAGAUAACAUCACAUCUCAAAAUCCAUUUAGUAAUGAUUCUAGUCAAGUCAACAACACAGAGUCUCAGGGAUCUAUAUUUAACUUUAGUCAAGAUAACAUCACAUCUCAAGAACCAUUUAGUAAUAAUUCUUAUCAUGUCAACAACACAGAAUCUCAGGGAUCUAUUUUUAACUUUAGUCAAGAUAACAUCACAUCUCAAGAACCAUUUAGUAAUAAUUCUAAUCAAGUCAACAACACAGAAUCUCAGGGAUCUAUUUUUAACUUUAGUCAAGAUAACAUCACAUCUCAAGAUCCAUUUAGUAAUGAUUCUAGUCAAGUCAACAACACACACUCUCAGGGAUCUAUAUUUAACUUUAGUCAAGAUAACAUCACAUCUCAAGAUCCAUUUAGUAAUGAUUCUAGUCAAGUCAACAACACACACUCUCAGGGAUCUAUAUUUAACUUUAGUCAAGAUAACAUCACAUCUCAAGAUUCAUUUAGUAAUGAUUCUAGUCAAGUCAACAACACAGAAUCUCAGGGAUCUAUAUUUAACUUUAGUCAAGAUGACAUCACAUCUCAAGAUCCAUUUAGUAAUGAUUCUAGUCAAGUCAACAACACAGAAUCUCAGGGAUCUAUAUUUAACUUUAGUCAAGAUAACAUCACAUCUCAAGAACCAUUUAGUAAUGAUUCUAGUCAAGUCAACAACACAGAAUAUCAGGGAUCUAUAUUUAACUUUAGUCAAGAUAACAUCACAUCUCAAGAUCCAUUUAGUAAUGAUUCUAGUCAAGUCAACAACACACACUCUCAUGGAUCUAUAUUUAACUUUAGUCAAGAUAACAUCACAUCUCAAGAACCAUUUAGUAAUGAUUCUAGUCAAGUCAACAACACAGAAUAUCAGGGAUCUAUAUUUAAAUUUAGUCAAGAUAACAUCACAUCUCAAGAUCCAUUUAGUAAUGAUUCUAGUCAAGUCAACAACUCAGAAUCACAGGGAUCUAUAUUUAACUUUAGUCAAGAUAACAUCACAUCUCUAGAUCCAUUUAGUAAUGAUUCUAGUCAAGUCAACAACACACACUCUCAGGGAUCUAUAUUUAACUUUAGUCAAGAUAACAUCACAUCUAAAGAACCAUUUAGUAAUGAUUCUAGUCAAGUCAACAACACAGAAUCUCAGGGAUCUAUAUUUAACUUUAGUCAAGAUAACAUCACAUCUCAAGAUCCAUUUAGUAAUGAUUCUAGUCAAGUCAACAACACAGAAUCUCAGGGAUCUAUAUUUAACUUUAGUCAAGAUAACAUCACAUCUCAAGAACCAUUUAGUAAUGAUUCUAGUCAAGUCAACAACACAGAAUCUCAUGGAUCUAUAUUUAACUUUAGUCAAGAUAACAUCACAUCUCAAGAACCAUUUAGUAAUGAUUCUAGUCAAGUCAACAACACAGAAUCUCAGGGAUCUAUUUUUAACUUUAGUCAAGAUAACAUUACAUCUCAAGAUCCAUUUAGUAAUGAUUCUAUUCAAGUCAACAACACAGAAUCACAGGGAUCUAUAUUUAACUUUAGUCAAGAUAACAUCACAUCUCAAGAUCUAUUUAGUAAUAAUUCUAGUCAAGUCAACAACACAGAAUCUCAGGGAUCUAUAUUUAACUUGAGUCAAGAUAACAUCACAUCUCAAGAUCCAUUUAGUAAUGAUUCUAGUCAAGUCAACAACACACACUCUCAGGGAUCUAUAUUUAACUUUAGUCAAGAUAACAUCACAUCUCAAGAACCAUUUAGUAAUGAUUCUAGUCAAGUCAACAUUACAGAAUCUCAGGGAUCUAUAUUUAACUUUAGUCAAGAUAACAUCACAUCUCAAGAUCCAUUUAGUAAUAAUUCUAGUCAAGUCAACAACACACAAUCUCAGAGAUCUAUUAAGUACAGUCAAGAUAACAACACAUCUUCAGACUCAUCUGAUUUCAGUCAAUUUAACGACACAACAUCCCAGGAAUCUAUUUCUAAAUAUAUUCAUAUAAGUACAUCUAAAGAGCCAUCUACAAGUAAUUACUACCAAUUCAGCGACACAUACUCACAGAAAUCUAAUUUAAAAUACACCCCAAUCAACACAUCACCAAAACUACCUCAUAGUAAUAACAAUCAAGUUAACGACACACAAACUACGGAAACUUACUUUUUCUACAAUAAAAUUAGCACAUCUCCAGAGCCAUCCACAGACAAUUACAUUCAAGGCAACGACACUCAAUCUCAGUAUUAUAAUCUUAAUUAUAGUCAAGUUAAUACAACUUCAAAGCCAUCUCAAGGAAAUGACAGUCAACUGAACGACACACGAUUACUAGAAUUUAAUUCUUCUGAUGGUAGCACUAGUACCAGUGGAAAUACCACUGGAAAUACUGAUCCCGGAAACAGCCAAUCAAACUGGAUUUUUAUUAUAGAAGACAUUUACAUAGUCCAAUCUGUUGAGAUUUUUUAUAUUUAUCAAGGUUUAAUGUAUCAUUUAGAAUUGAAAUGGUGUGAACUUGACAGAAAUGACUCAAGCAGAUCGUGUAACAGUACACAGCUUUUGGAAAGUAUUUCUGUUCAACUUAAUGUUGGAUUCACCCAAACGAUUCUUGAAGUACAACCAAAAACUCAUGAUUUCCUUCUAGAGAUAUACAAAGUAGAAAUUUAUGCAGACUGUGCAGAAAGAAAAUGGGGCAUGGAUUGUGAAAACGACUGUAACAGUUCCUGCACUUCUGGCUGCAGACUAGAUGAUGGAUUGUGUACAGAUUGUAUUGGUCACUCUGACCCACCAAGAUGUCAGAAUGACUGUACUGAUGGUACAUAUGGGAUAAACUGUUUACAAAUAUGCCCCACCAAUUGCACAGAUCGACAGUGCAACAAGUCGCAUGGAGCUUGCCAGAAAUGCAACGAUGGAUCGUAUGGCAGGAACUGUUCUCUAAAGUGUCCUGAUAGCUGUAUAGAUCAACAAUGUGACAGAGACUCUGGUGCAUGUCUUGGCUGCCUACCUGGACAUGAAGGAAUCGAUUGUAAUUUAACAUGCCAUAUAGGAUCUUGGGGACGUAACUGCGAGUCGAAUUGCAGUCAACAUUGUUUGCAUGAGAAUCUUUGCCACGUUGAAACAGGGGAAUGCCACGAAGGGUGUAAAAAUGGUUUUCAACCUCCUCUUUGUACCACACGUAUGUAUAAAAAUGUGUGCGCUGUAUCCUUCAGCAAUCACUCUAUAAGUAGCGUUUGUAAACCUCUGGGUCGCGUUUCUGACGAGGCGAGCAAGAAGACGGUAUUUAUUUUAACUCUUUCUCUCCCAACUGACGAUACCAACGUUGAUUCCAACAGAACGUGGUAAAUAAUUACGGAGAGAAAGAGUUAAAAGAAACAAUCAACCAAAGGUAGCAUAAAUUUAAAUGCAUAGGGAAAUAUUGAUCCUAUAAAAAGAUACGGUUACUACUGCUUGACAAUAAAAUGUUGAAGAUACGUCUUUUUAUGUUAAUCUCCCUUGUAUUUCGUUAUCGCGAGUUAGUAGAAAGAACCUGUAACAUUAGAACUGUAACAUUUCUCAUGAAAAACGAAGUAUCAUUCUGUCGUAGAAUAUUUGUGACACUACAAAAUUAACGCAUUCUUUUACUAUGAAAAAAGUUUACGCUGUUGGUGCCAGGUGAAUGCAUUUUUGCAGCUUAGAAUGCAAGAAACAAUAGGCGCUGUUAAGGCGCUCCAAGACAUCCAGCUGGCUUGUGUAAAGAGCGGGAAUAAACAUUUUAUUUUUUCGUCUGAUGGCCGCUUCACGUGUAAAGGUCGGAAACUGGCGCUCUAAAAUGUGAUAUAAAGCAAGUAGUAGAUUGACUUGUUUAAAAGUAAUAGAAUAACAUAUCGGAUAAAAGAAUUUUAGAUUAUUUUAAACAAAGUUUUGAUUUCAAUUUUUUAAACACAAUAAAAACUAAACAUUACAUUUAUUUAUGUAUAUUCAUCAUGCAUUUCAUCAUUUCAUUUGUAUUUUUUAUUAUUAACUUAUAAUCAUUUCAUGUGACAAAUUAUGGUUGAAAAUAGGUGCCAGAAAGGCAUGCAUGAGAGGAUAUAAAUGUGAGAGACUUUGUUUUAGUGUGCCAUCUGGAAUCGACUGUUUAAUGUGAGCAAGAAUACCCUGCUUAAUGAGUGCGUGCUAGAAUAGCCUGCGUGUUGAGUGCGUGCUAGAAUAGCCUGCGUGUUGAGUGCGUGCUAGAAUAGCCUGCGUGUUGAGUGCGUGCUAGAAUAGCCUUCGUGUUGAGUGCGUGCUAGAAUAGCCUGCGUGUUGAGUAUGUGCUAGAAUAGCCUGAUGUUGAGUGCGAGCAAGAAUACCCUGCUUGUUGAGUGUGUGCUAGAAUAGCCUGCGUGUUGAGUACGUGCUAGAAUAGCCUGCGUGUUGAGUGUGUGCUAGAAUAGCCUGCGUGUUGAGUGCGUGCUAGAAUAGCCUGCGUGUUGAGUGCGUGCUAGAAUAGCCUGCGUGUUGAGUGCGUGCUAGAAUAGCCUGCGUGUUGAGUGCGUGCUAGAAUAGCCUGCAUGUUUAGUGCAUGCUAGAAUAGCCUGCAUGUUUAGUGCGUGCUAGAAUAGCCUGCUUGUUGAGUGCGAGCAAGAAAAGUUUGAUUGUUGAGUGCGUGCUAGAAUAGCCUGCUUGUUUAGUGCGUGCUAGAAUAGCCUGCUCAUUUAGUACAACCUAGAAUAGCCUGAUUGUUUUGAGCGACCUAGAAUAGCCUUCUCCUUUAGUGCAAGGCAGAAUAUUCUCCUUGUUUAGUGAGAUUGUAGUAAUGAGUUUCUGUAUGUAAAACAGAUAUAGUACAAAGUUUGCGUGGAUUAAGAAUGUGAAAUCUAUCUAUACUAGCAUGUGAAUCGUAGAUGAUUUGACUGUAAAUUACAAAGCAGUAGAGCUUAAAUUAAAUCCAAUUUGAAUGUAGUUCAAGUUUUAAUUGUCUACAAACUAACUGUGAAUAAAAAGUUAAAUGAAUGGGAAUAGAAUACGUGAAUGAAUACAAAUUCAAAUGUGAAUUGAAUGAUGUGAAUCGAUUGUACAGUAAAUGCAAAUAGACAAGUUAAUAGAAUGGAAAUAGCAUGUAAAUUGACUGUAAAGUAAAAAGGCAAGUAAAUAGAAUGGGAAUAGCUUGUAAAUUGCCUGUAAAUUACAAGUGAAUUGUAAACUGUAUGUAAACUGAGCGUGCCUUGCUUGUACUAGAAUUAACCUGUAACCAUCUAACAAGUAUUAUUGUUUUCUGAAACGUCCAAUGUGUGAUAAUGGCUGAGUUAUGACGAGGCUCUAUGGCCCUAACAUUCCAGACUAGUCAAUGCCGUCCUGACUUUUGAGGAGAAUCAUUGCAAUAGCCCAGCAGCUUGUAAGUUCAAUUCUGGUCAUUUCGAACUGAUUACAUACUCUCCGCUAUCGCUGUGCUUGCUAUGAGUGAGAAAACAUGUUUGUUUAAAAGUUCACGAUUACGUCAUUUGUGCGAAAUAUACAACAACCAGCGAAUGCAUUAUGUUUAUUUCGCAAUUUUCGACGUGUUACCGAACUGAUGUUUCUGCAAAAACAUUCAACGUAUAUACUCUGAAAAGGUAAUUAAAUUAUUUCUGUUUGAUUUCAUUACAAUGAUUUAGUAUGACAAAUAUUAUAUGAGCUUUUUUUAUAUGACAUUUUUCACUAAUGUGUUAACCACUCGGAAUGCGUUUAAGGAACAAGAUUACAAAAAGAGUUUGUGUUAUCACACAAACUCAGAGGCGGCCCCAAUCGAAGUCACCAAUGGACCAUUGGGCCAGGAAUAUUUAAGCCAUAGUUUUGCUUUCAUCGUUUAAAUUAACCGCUAUCCCAUGCGAACAGCAUAUUGCAAUAUUUCCCACUAGUAGUAGUAGACCUACUAAUACUGAUCAUAAUCGCUCUAUCUAGCCUACUUUAUAGGUCUAGACUAGAUCUAGAGCAUAAAAUAUGUAUAGACUUUAGUGCUAGACUAGAUCUAGAUGUUUAUGUUAGUUCUAGAUGUAGUCUAGAUAUCGAGACUAGUUCUAGAUGUAGUCUAGAUAUCUAGAUCUAGAAUCUAGACUAGGUCUAGACCAAGGUCCGUCCGUCCGGUUUAGAUCUCGUAAACUAGAAAAGAUAGUGAAAAUCGGACAUCAUAAUAUUUUAGUCCAUUCAAAGUUCUGAUGCAACAGCUACUUUUCUUUCUUUUCUAAAAGCGAAAAAUUAUUUUUUUAAAUCACUUAUGCAAGCAGUUUUUUUCAUAAAAAUAUACCACUUUUACAACUAUUCACUAUCAAUAGUAACAAACAUGGGAGGCUCUUUAGUUUGAUAUAAAUAUACGCACCAUUAUAUCUACAACACAUUUAUCAAAUGGUUUUCGGCUUUUGGUUAAAACAUAUUUUUUGUUACAUUUGAAUUGCUACGUUAUGUAAGUUCUGUCCUACUACCCACUACAUUUACCCAAAAAUAAUGUUUACUUUUUUUUAAGAGAACAAAAUCUAUUUAGUAUGCAUAUAAGUUUUUUUUUUUAUUUAAAACAACAAUUAAUAAGUAGUUUUUCAUAUUAUCUCGUGAACUGCAGUGCUGUAAUAUGGCCAUAGUACACUUAACUAAAGGAAUUUUUUUUUUACGGAAAUGUUUGUUUCUGUUUUUGAGGAUUUGAAUAAGAGAUUGAUCCUUUACAAAAGAAUUAGAUCAAUUAGAUAUUCAUUAUAAGACAUCAGUUAGGCCAGGUUCGCAUUUAACUUCACAUUCACUUUCACCUAUCAUUUGGUCUGCUUGACCGCUGGGGCACCACACAAGAUCUGUCAACCUUCUUUCUCCAUUCUUCUCUGUCAUUAGUCUUUGACAUAAUUUUAUUCUGAUAUUCGUUCUGAUAAUAUUGAUACCGGGCUUUUUACCUGCCUGGAUGGACCACUUCGGGGGGGCCGAUUUUGAGUUUGUGUUUCAAAACAAACUAUCUUUGUAACCUUGUUUCUAUUCUAUAUUAUUUUAAUCUAUUUGAAGCAUAAUAAUUGGGGUAUUAUAUAUAUAUAUAUAUAUAUAUAUAUAUAUAUAUAUAUAUAUAUAUAUAUAUAUAUAUAUAUAUAUUAAAAAUGCUUUUCAUGCUUUUGUUUUGGAGGGGGGGGGGGUAUACUAAUUUGAACGUUACUUCAGAAUUGAAGAUAAUUCUAUAGCCCACAGCAUAAAGUGCACGGCCAGGCAGCCAUCGGCUUCACAAGUCAGAACUCUUGUAGCUGAUUGCAUAACUUAUUGGUUCAACAAAGGUCGGAAAAAAGGAUUGCAGCUAUUGGACCCCAUGAUGACCUGCUAACUAUCGUAAAAAUACGCAAUCUAAAAAUCUAUGGCCCUACAACAAGGUCUUCGGGGCUCGGAAAGACCUUCCUUCAGGGAACAGUACCAGGAAAAAGAAGAAGAGGCAGACAGAGAAAACGAUGGGAAGACAACAUAAAAGAAUGGACGCGCCUGCCAGUGAAAGGCAAAAGACAGAGAGGAAUGGAGAAAGACGGUCGACAAAUCUUGCAAGGUGCCCCAACGGUCAAACUUACUAAGGAAUAGGUAAAGGUAUAACCAAUCUAUUUGGUCGUAUACUAACUGGGAGUGUGAUAACUUUCUUGUUCUCAUGAGCGUCCUGGCCAUACAUCUCUCUGGACUUAUGACCAUUGGGUUUUCUUUCUGCCACAGCUCCGGCUCAAUGGCUGCAGUAUCUGCCAUUUUUGGUCUUGGAUUCGCCGCUUAUAAUGCAAUGUUCACAAUAGUCCUCUGUAAUUUGUUUGGGGUUGACCAACUGACCAGUGCGCUUGGGUUCGCUGUUUUCUUCAGAGGUACUGGGGUGAUUAUUGGACCGCCUGUAGCAGGGGCUGUUAUCGACAUAACAGGAUCAUUCGAUAAGGCUUUCUACGUAGGCGGCGCCUUUAUAGUUCUAGGCGGUCUCUUGCACCUUAUGUUGUUACAGCCAUGCACCAUAGUCAAGACGAUUAAAGAAAACCGAUGCAAUAUUUCUCAUCAACAAGAAAAUAAUACAGUGAUGCCGACAGUGUAGAGCUACUUUGAACAGUGUUAGCAGUAUUAAAUAUAUCCGUUAAUGCAAAUGCUUUGGUUUGC